GGGUGAGCGGAGCAGAGGAGUUUCCGUUAUCCAUUCUCUGGUUUCCUUUCUUCUUCAGAAAAAAAAAAAAAAACGAAGAAAACUCAAUCAAAACUCAAAAAAAAAAACCACCAAAUUAGGGUUUUCUUAAUCUCCCAAUUAUUUCAAAAGAAAUCUCUCUUUUCUUAUUGGGAGCCAUGGAUUCUGAUUUGAUCAACAAUGCUUCCUCCACUUCAGUUCAUAACGGCAAAGAUUUCUCCAGAAAGAAGAGAAGGUCUGCGAAAUUGAAGCAGUGCAAACUGGAUGCUCGCCGCGAGCAAUGGCUUUCGCAAAGUGCGGUGAAGACCCAGGUAUGUUGCAAGGCGGGAACGAACGGAGGCGAUUCGAAGCGAACGCCGCGAGGUGAAAGGGACAGUUCGUUGGAGAAUUUAGAGAUGAGGAGAAGAGGUGAGGCAAACGGAGGAGGAGAAAGUGGAUCGGUCCAACACGAGAGCGAUUCGGAGUCUUUGCCUUCAAAUAGCCCCACGAGCAGCCUCCUGUUGGGAGGAACAGGGUCUGGAACAAGUUUCACCAACAGCAGCAGCAGUAGCACGAGCAGUGGCGGGUGCUGUUCCGGUAGCAUCACGGAAGAAGAAGGGGAUGAUGGAUGUUUGGAUGAUUGGGAGGCCGUUGCUGAUGCAUUGGCUGCCGAUGAUGACAAGCAAAAAAUGGAGCGCGAACGAGAAUAAUAGGGAAAACCUUUGUUCUGGUCGACUCCUGAGCAUGAACCAAAUCUCCAGCUAGGUUUAAAUGGGGCGCGAUCAGAUUUGAGGAACUCAAAGCCUGAGUGUCAGAGAAUGGUGCAGAGGGCUACAGGGAAUAGCAGGGCAUGGAUUGAUGAUGCUUUUCGUCCACAGACUCUUCCUAAUUUGUCUAAGCAGCGAAGUUUUCCAGCUACGGACAGGCAUUUUGGUCAGGGAGGGGUGUCAUGGGUGCGUAGCAGUGCCUUUUCGCCACCAUCAUCAUGUCCCAUAUGUGAGGAUUUGGAUUUCACGGACUCAAGUUUUUUGCCCUUAUGUGGGUUCCGGCUCUGUCUUUUCUGCCACAAGAGAAUUCUUGAGGAUGAUGGGCGUUGUCCUGGUUGCAGGAAGCCGUAUGAGCGUGAUCCUAUGGAGGCAGAAGCUAGUAUUCAAGGAGGCAGCCUGACAUUUAGGUUGGCUCGAUCUUGUAGCAUGAUUGCAAGGUCUUAGGAGCAGUCUCUAUUUUCGUGAAUUAUGUAUGUUGAGUCACUCUUUUCGUUUUUACGCUUUUAUUGCGUUUUGUUAGUCUUAGACUCUUGAGUUUAAUAGAUUUAGAUGUGAGUAUAGUAUUAUCUCUUUUGGCACCCAGGAAUUUGAGCUAUGUUUCUUUGA